GCGCUCAGAGACCGUUUCAGGAAGGAGGGAACAUAAUCUGCAGAAGAGUACAAAGUGUGUGACGUUGCAUGAAUUGCUGCAUUGUACCGGUAUGAGGUCUUCCCUGUUUGCACAUCUCCUCCUCCCCCUCCUCCUGGCUGCAGGGAGUGCUGUCACAGGGGAAGAGGUGGAGAGGAAACCCAAUAUUGUUCUAAUGAUGGUGGAUGAUCUGGGUAUCGGUGAUAUAGGAUGCUAUGGUAAUGACACCAUCAGGACUCCUAACGUAGACAAACUAGCGUCUGAAGGGGUAAAGCUCACUCAGCACAUUGCAGCGGCUCCUCUGUGCACCCCGAGCCGAGCUGCUUUCAUGACAGGGCGCUAUGCACCCCGCUCAGGACUGGGAAGUACAGGCCGUGUGCAGGUGCUGCUGUUCCUCGGAGGUUCAGGGGGGCUGCCACCAACCGAGAACACCUUUGCUAAGAGGCUGCAGCAACAAGGAUACACCACCGGUCUAGUGGGUAAGUGGCAUCUAGGUGUGAACUGUGAGCACAGAGGAGACCACUGCCACCAUCCCAACCAGCAUGGCUUCAGCUUCUACUACGGGCUGCCCUUCACCCUCUUUAAUGACUGCGUGCCAGGAGAGGGGAGUGACAUCCUGGCAGACCUCCAGCACACGCUCCAAAAAUUGACCAUGUUGCUCGGAGCUGGACUUUUUACACUGGUGUGUGUCCGUGUAUCUGGUCUCUUCGAUAUCAACCUGGGUCUCCUGGUAGCACUGUUUUUCCUCAGUAUCCUAGCAACUGCUGUGUGGUUUAUCCCUCUUAAAUUCCUGUCAACCUGGAACUGCAUCCUCAUGAGGAACCAAGAGGUGAUUGAGCAGCCGAUGACGGUGGAGACGGUGCCCCAGAGGCUGCUGGGAGAAGCACAAAAUUUUAUAAAGAGAAAUGUGGAUCGUCCAUUCCUCCUCUUCUUCUCAUUGGUUCACAUCCACGUGCCGCUCUUUAAAACCCCUGCUUUUGCUGGCAAAAGCCACCAUGGCCGCUAUGGUGACAACCUAGAGGAGAUGGACUGGAUCAUCGGUAAAAUGGUAGAGACUGUGGACUCUCUCGGCCUAGCCAACAACACUCUGAUGUACUUUACGUCUGACCACGGUGGACACCUCGAGGAUGCUGAUUCAAAGGUUGGCCAGAAAGGAGGCUGGAACGGAAUUUAUAAAGGUGGGAAAGCUAUGGGAGGCUGGGAGGGCGGGAUCAGAGUGCCUGGUAUUUUCCGCUGGCCUGGCAGACUGCCAGCUGGGAGAGUGGUGGCUGAACCCACCAGCCUCAUGGACCUGUAUCCAACACUGAAAUAUUUGGCUAAGGACACACAACCUGACAGACUGUUAGACGGCCAUAACCUCAUGCCGUUGUUGGAGGGGAAGGUAGAGCGAUCAGAGCACGAGUUCAUGUUCCACUACUGUGGGAUCUACCUCAAUGCAGUGCGGUGGCACCCGCCUGGAAGUGACUCCAUCUAUAAGGUGCACUUUUUCACCCCCAACUUCUCUCCUCCUGGAGCCGGUGGAUGCUACAAAACUAAGGUCUGUCUAUGUCAUGGAGAAUAUGUGACGCACCACAAUCCACCUCUGCUCUAUGACCUUUUUCACGACCCCUCUGAGUCCCGCCCACUGACCCCCGAUACAGAGCUGAGAUAUGCUGAAAUCCUCGAGCAGACUUCUAAAGCUGUAGAGAAACAUAGAAACACCUUCCCACAAACUCAGGAGUCUGAUGAGGCGUCUGUGAAGUCCAGCACAGACGCUCCCAGUGUUCAAAGCCAGAUGACGUGGGACAAGAUUCUGUGGAGACCCUGGCUGCAGCCCUGCUGUGGGACUUUUCCAUUCUGUGGCUGCAAAGAGGACACGACAAAUAUUUAAUGGAAAAAGCUGCCAGACUGUCUUAAAAAGUUUGAAAAAAAAAACCCACCCCAGACUUGAUGAAGCUGCUCUGGAAUCGACAGCAGGGUUAUCACAUUUUCAUAAAUAAUAUACUACUGUCCUUUUUGUGGUUAGGGGUGCUUUCAAGAGCUUUGAACAUUAAAAAAACUUGACAUGGCCAAGGUUCAGGCUGCAGACUUAAUCUGCUGCCCUGUUUAAAGGCAUUUUCAACAAGUUGUUUGUCCAAUUUGUAUUACAUCUAAAUGAAGUUAAUUUGCACAGUAAAAUGAUUUAUUACUGCAGUUAAAGAUGAAGUAAAACAAAAAACCUUUACUUAAGUUUAGCCUGUAGCCUUUGCUUUACUAAAAACAGAAGUCAAAAAAAACUUUUUUACAUUUUUUUUUUGUCACCUUUAAAGACACUGUGAGAAAUUUCUGAUUUCCAAAUAGUUUUUAUUUCAUACUGAUGCCUCAUCAUGACCAACAUAGUAUUAUCAGGUUAUUUCUUAAUGCUGAAAUUUAGCUUUGAUUUGGAAAAAUAGAGCAGAGUGAACACUCACCAAGAAGUGUUUUUGUCUAGACUUCCACUGAUGAACGUUUGCAGUGAGAAGGGAGGUAGCAAGAGGGAGGAAUAAUUUGUCUUUAAUUUCUUUCUACAUAAUGUUUUGUAGAGAUGGCUGAUAAUGGAGCUGGAAGAGUAAAAACAUGUAUGUUUCUAGUGAUGUAUUUUUAGGGAUGGAGAAACACCACAACCUGGGCUUUGCAAUAUAAAAGGGCAAAAUGGCUAUGAGCAUGUUUUAAUAUUUGUGCUGGCAAUUGAAGGCUUCACUAAUCUUUGAGGACAAAAAGUUAGAGGUGCUAAUGUUUACUUAUUCAGCAUCUAUUGGGACACUGUAGCACACAUCAUUCAACAGAAGCUGACAGGUAAGAUUAAACAGAUACAUCUGGUCACCUUUUGUAAGCUAACAGUACUAAAUCAGAGUUUAAGCUUUUUUGUUGUAUAAAAAAAAUAUGAUUUUUAAAACUCAAAACAUUACCAUUAUUAAAAAGUAAUGUAAAAUACAAGAUCCAAAUUCUAUCUUUUGCCUCCACAACAAAUGCAUGCUUUUGCAACAGCCACAUCUUUACAACAUUGGGUGAUGGUGCUCAUGGGAAAUGCAGUCUUCAUCCUGGAAAAUAAUCACAGUAUCUGUUUUCGAAACCGCCUACUAUACUAGCAGUACGUACUGAUUUGGCCAAAAUUCAGUAUGUAGUAAGCAGUAUGUAAACAAGAGCAAAUUCAGCAGUAUGCCAAAACUACCCGGAUGUCUAGUGAUUUGGGAAAAUUUCACAGUAUGCAUCGGACCAGUCUGCCUCGCGUAAUGUUUCCCACAAUGCACAGCGCUCAUUCUGCUUUUUCUUUUCUCUUCUUUUUUUGACAGGGGAACUCAGUUUUUAUGUGCUGUGAAAAUGAUUAAUUCAAUAUAAAUCACUUCUUAACUUUUUAAAUAAUAAGUGGAUGCUAAAGAAGCAGUUUCUCUAUCAGCUUGGCCGUUGUUUACUUCCGCAUUCCAAAACUGGAAAUUCAGUGACAUCUGGCUCAGCGUGCUGCAACAGUCAUACUACAUACUAAAUUCAAACGCAGUAUAUAGUGGGCAGUAGGUGCCUACUACAUUAGUAGGUAGUAUGUAGCAGGCCAUUUCGAAAACAGACAGUAUCUGUCCAAAGGUGUCACCAUAAACAACACAACAUGAAAGUUCCUCACAGUGCCUUUAACUAAUAGAAAUAGUUUUGGAGCUGAAAAAGAAGAAGAAGAAAAGAUGAAACAAUGCACUUUGCAUCAUUACACUGAAAAAAAGAAGUUACUGCAGAGCCAAAAGAGGAUGAUUCUGUACCUUCAUGAAGAUAAAUUCCAGUGUUUACGUGUUGAUAUUUUGUUAAGUGAAAUACCUUGGACCAAGAUGCAAAGUCAAAGCAUUUCCUAAAUGACAAAAUACAAUUUUUAUGAAAUAAAAUUGAACUGUGUUGUUCUUUUUUAAACACAUAACUUAGACUUAGUGUUGUACUUACUGUUAUUUCAACCUUAAUCCUUAAAAAUACUUUUGUGAUUUAAUGCACUCCUCACAUUAAGGGUGAAAGAGAGCUUACUGUACUUAAGAAUCUUUUUUGUUCUGUUAAGGAAGUCAUUCCUUAAACUCUGUUAGAUAUAACCAAUUAUUCAAAUAAAAUCCAUCAGCAAGGCACUUCAGACUGCGUGCCAUUAGAGGGCAGAGUCACACUGUGUUUGGAUGAUAGUGAACUCUGACGUUUAUUUGUAUGAGAGAGAGAAAGAUAGGAGGGCAAAAAUGAAUAAAGAGAAAGUUUCAGGUACACAAAGACAUGACUGUACAUUUAAAGCUUAUGGCGCUUCAUUUUGCAAUAAUAGCAUAACAUGGUGCCUUGUAAGCAAUUUCUUAGAGAAUAGACAUCCCUUUUUCAUAAUAAAUCCAAAUGUCUUCCCUAAUCCCUUUAUUUCAACCCUCUUUCCUUCAUUUCCUCUACACUCACAUUGUUAAAAAUGACAAUAUAAUGCUCGGUAAUCUUAGAAAAAUACAUUUCUUCCCGUCAUUGUCCUCCAGUAAUAACAAGAUGCAGCUUAAGGACACUAAGGCAGGGUGGAUGUUGUCAAGCAGGGUGUCCUAGUUUGACCACAAUGCCUUACAGAUCUUUAAUAAUAAAAGACUCUAAAGACUC